AUGCGCCAAAACACACCUCCUACCAAGAACAAUCGAGAUUCCUCCCCUGAAACUCCAUCAGAACCACUCCCGUCUGCUCCUGAGUCGUCUCCACUCGCGGAGCCAUCUUCGUCAUUUUUGGAAAACAUCGCUUCCCCGCAAACACCAGAUGGUCCUGCAUCCCAGCUGAAACGAUCUUUACAGCGUACUGUCGAGGCUGAAUCGGAAGAACGGAAGUAUGAACUGAGCGCCCCAAUUGCAGAUGACCUAUUCAUCGAUCUGCCGCCGGGAGCAAGUUUUAAUCAGGCCCAACGUAUCCUCAAAAACGGAAAGGAAGUUGAAGCAGAGGAUGAUGUGUCUGGAGUGGGGAGAAUUCUGCGUUCCCAACCCUCCAGGGAUGCAGUCAAAGUCGAGAUAUUCCCCAAGUAUCAAAAAUCAACUCGAGCAUACAAAAAUACGCUUGACUGUCUCGUCACCCAGGCAGUUGAUGACAACGAGAUCGAAGCCAGCAUCGCAGACUUGAAAGCUGCAUUCGAAAAUGAAGACGCUGGAGGAGAUGGUAUGACUUCUGUUGGCUCUCAUCAGAUAAACCAUCUGGAUGAAGGUGUCCUGACAUCGGCUUUCGGCGAUCAGGAAGAUGAGAUGGGCCUGCGACGUCUACUAGAUGCUGUUCGAAGGACUGAGGCUUUUGACUUGGAAAAGUAUUGGGCCUUCUUUGACUACGGGAGUGGCUUAGCUUCACCUCUGGAAUUCCCACGAGAUUCCAUUGCUCCAGGAACAUAUAUGGAUGUCUUGAGAGAGCCCGAAUCGCGACAACGAGCAUUCCAUUCCGGCAUACUCGAUUUUGCACUAUCGAGGGGGUUUCUUCCUGAUGAUUUGCUAUUAUGGAUCUUCAAUUCUAUACCUUUGGAGCCUCAGGAAGGCUUAAGAUACGCUUACUGCAGGGCAUUUAAGGUCGGUGUUAUUGAUCUCCGAGCAUCUGCUUCGCCAUCGGCACUAACGCCCUUCCAGCAUUCUGAUGCAGAACGUGUGAAAUUGCUCAUACGACCAGACACCGUCGAUUUAAUUUUUCAAAGACUAGGAGCAACAAUAGAGGCACUAGCAGUAGCUGAGCCUGUGGUUCCUGGCACGGUCCCAAAAAAUAACUCCUCAAAGGACCACCCACAGCACCAAGCUGCCUUGCUUUCCGUUUUCGACCUGCUUCGUGGAGCAGCGAAUUUAUUCGCGGAUGAUACUCGAGAGCACAUUCUGCUACUACUCUUCCGCCUGACACUUGACAUUUCCCUCACCAGAAACCCUAUGAUCUGCUCGGAACUGGAAAGGACCAUUACUGCGACGUUGGAGAGCAUCCCAGAAGACACCGACGAUGACAUGGAACCGCGCAUUUGCACAUCCAUCUACAACACUGUCAAAGAUCCUAUAUUACAGAGUCGACUCCUGAGACAUAUAUUACCCACAUCGAGCUGGAUCGCAUCACUACGAUCCCGCCUCGCUCUGUCCUUCGUACUUAGCGAUCCAGCGCCAUUAACCGAAACACCCGAUACGAUGUUGUAUUUGAGACGUAUAAUCGAUCUCCUUAAAGACCGACGGUUUGAUAUCAAGCGGUACAAGGGGAAAAACCAAGCGGAGUAUGACUAUGGGGAACUUGGAGCCAUAACCUUUCUCCUUAAUACUAUUGUUGAUUCCGGAUGGUCUGGAAUGAACUUCUCAACCAAAGAAGUCAAGCGACAGUUCAAUUCCGAAAUCGAUACACUCGCCGACCGUAUUAAAAAAAUCUUCACUUCGAUCGAGGACUCAGGCGCAUCUCAUCUCAAACGCACUUUGGCCAAGGAAGCCCUUGAGGCUUUACAUUACCGCAUUGUUUAUUCUGUGAGAACAAAGCCUCCGCCCAAAAAAUCAAUAUUUGGAGACACAAAACGUCAAAACCAGCCGCAACUUUCUCAUUUUUUCAAGACGGACAAAGAAAUACCCAUCAGGAGCCAUGAUAAUCCAUCUUGA